GAACUAUUGGCCGUAGCAGAAACCUCGGCAGACCAUCUCCUGCUGAAGAUUUUCUCCCGAAAUUUUAACUUUUACUCUCCAAAAUGCUGUCCAAAUUCAUCAGGUCCGUCGUGCAACAGGGCCAUGCAAACCAGAGAGCCCUGGCACCUUUCAUGACCUCUUCAGUAAGGAACAGCGGAACGGCGACCGAGGCGUCUUUUGAAACAAGGCCCUACAAGUUGCACAAACUGGAGACGCCUCCAAACAACACCACGUCAUGCACUCGGGACGAAGCCCUUACGUUUUACACUCAGAUGCAGAUGAUCAGGAGGAUGGAGAGUGCUGCUAGUAACCUCUAUAAGGAAAAGGCUAUUCGGGGCUUUUGUCAUUUGUACAGCGGCCAAGAGGCUAUUUGCGUAGGUAUCAAGGGAGCUCUGAGGGCACAAGAUUCAGUCAUCACUGCCUACCGAGACCACGGAUGGGCCUACGUCAUGGGUUGCAGCGUGACAAGCAUCAUGGCAGAAUUGACGGGAAGGACGCAAGGAAUGGCCAGAGGCAAAGGAGGCUCUAUGCAUAUGUACGCUAAGAACUUCUAUGGUGGUAAUGGUAUUGUAGGUGCCCAGGUACCCGUAGGUGCUGGCAUUGCCCUCGCCAACAAGUACUUGGAGAACAGUGGUAUCAAUGUCAGUCUCUAUGGUGAUGGAGCUGCCAAUCAGGGCCAGCUUUUUGAAGCAUAUAACAUGGCCAAGCUGAUGAAUUUGCCAGCUGUAUUUAUUUGUGAGAAUAACGGUUAUGGCAUGGGUACUAGCGUUGACCGUGCCUCAGCCUCAACCAACUACUACACUCGUGGAGACUACGUCCCUGGAAUAUGGAUUGAUGGUAUGGAUGUACUGAGUGUAAAGGAGGCCAUCAGUUACUGCAUUGAGCACUGUACCUCUGGAAAGGGACCUUUGGUACUGGAGGUAGCAACCUACCGCUACCACGGCCACUCUAUGUCUGACCCUGGUACAUCUUACCGUACUCGUGAUGAAAUUCAGGAAGUCCGUCAGACCAGGGACCCCAUCAUGCUCUUUAAGGAACGCAUUCUCUCUGCAGAUUUGGUUACUCCUGAAGAGCUUAAGAAAAUCGAUGGUGAAGUGCGCAAGGAAGUUGACGAGGCCGUCAAGAUAGCAAAGACAGACAAGGAAAUCGCAGUUCAAGAGUUGGCUGCUGAUGUUUACUCUAACCCUCUGGAGACUACCAUUCGAGGCACCACUCCUUACGAUCCCUACACACACCAGCGCCUCAGCAAAAUCAUUAACCCACAUUGAUUGGACACAGUGUCCAGCGUUUCUUGCUUUAGAAAACUGUGUAGACAGCAGGUUGUUUCUUUUAAAUAAUUCCAUGUGUGACAUGUAAUUUCCAUCAUCUGUAGCCUUUCAGAUGUAUUUUUGGCACAAUGUCCUAGAAUGUUAUCAUUUGCAUUUGAAAGAUGAAAUCUUAUUUGAACUGUUAUACUGUUAUUAAUGUAAUUUCUCAAUUUACCUUUUUUUCUUCUUUUCUUCUUUUCUCUGUCUUUGUGUACUCAAGCCUUUUUUUUUCCCUUUCUGUAGCAAAACCAGUUUAUCAAAUUGUUAUUUAAUAUUUAGCAAAUCAUUUUAGGCAAAUAUUCUGUGUCCACUGGAACCAUCAGCAACCAUAUGUUCGGAGUAGGUAGUUUUCAUUGAGGAAAAAUAUAUAUUGCUGAAUAAGGAUGUAAAUAUAAUUUUAAGACCAUUCUGUAUAAUAAUAUGAAUAUAUAAAA